AUGGUUUCUUCACAAGAAGAAAAGAUCUUUUCACCAAAAGAAGACAACAUUGAUACUGAAAUAUUUUCCGCACCCAAAGUCGAAAAACGCAAGAUGACUGUUACGGGAUAUGACGCUUCGCUUCCUAAGGGUGGCUCUCAAACCGGAUGGUCUCUACAAGUUUGUGGCUUCUUCCUCCAAUUGGUGACAAGCACUGAUCUCAAGAGAGCUCUCGUUUAUAUUCGUGGAGAAGGCGCAGCAGAGAAGGCGGUGAAGCUUAAUGGUGGAUGCGAAUGUGAUGAGGAAGAAUGUAAGAUCGGAGUUGAUAAGGUUAUGCCGUCAGACCGUAACCCAAAUAGAGUGCUCCUUAACUGUGGCGGCCUUAAUCUCCCAGCUUGUUUUACUCCUCCGAACGCUAACAUGACUACGGAGUAG